UCCACGGCGUAAUAUGCACUUUUAAGCGUUUAUUUAAAAAAAAAUGUAAAUGUUGGACACAAUUUGGAGGAGUACUUCCGAGAGGCAAUCACUUGGUGUCAGUGUGUGAGCGUGGAUGUGUUCCAAAAGACGCUCUCUGAUCCUCCCCCUUUCUGAGGGGGGGUUUUACACAAUAGUGCCAGAUGCGUUCUGGACGUGCAUGCGUUCAGUAUAUGAGCGGUUUGACGACAAAUAUUGUUCCAGAAUAAUCUUUAUUUUUUUCAAGGUGAUAUUUGGGUUUUUUUUGGGGGGUGGCUUUGUCGUUGUUCCAUCACGAUGAACCCAACAGACUCAUCCGGAGGACAAUGGCGACUUUGUAUUCCUUUCUUUGUUGCUUUAUUUCUGCCGUGGAGCGGAGUUGGCGCACAGAUCAGAUAUUCCAUCGCCGAAGAGGUGAAAGAAGGAACUGUCGUGGGGAACAUAGCCAAGGAUUUGGGACUAGAAAAAGGCACGCUGAAAGAGAGAGGAUACCGCAUCGCGGAAAGCGCAUCGGAGCCGUUUUUCCGCGUGAAUCACGACGACGGCCUGCUGUGCGUUAAGCGCGUCAUCGACAGGGAGAAGGUGUGCGAACGGAGCAGCGUGUGCGUGAUCCAACUCAAAACGCUGCUGGAAAACCCGCUGGAGAUCCACUACGUGAGCGUGGAGGUGCUGGACGUGAACGACAACUCGCCCAGCUUCUCGAGCAACACGUCACGUCUGAAUAUAUCCGAGUCGGCUUUGCCCGGUCUGCGCCUCCAGCUGCAGGCUGCGCACGACCCGGACGUGGGCCCCUUCUCCGUCCAGGAGUAUAAGCUCAGUGCUAAUGAGCAUUUUCGUUUGGAAGUCAAAGAUCGAGGGAAGGACGGUAAAAUACCAAUAUUAGUUUUGCUGAAGUCGCUUGAUAGAGAAACAACGAGCCUACACAAGCUGCGCAUUUCAGCUAUUGAUGGAGGGAAACCAAGUAGGUCCGGGACUGCUGACAUUUCGGUGCAUGUUUUAGACGUUAAUGACAACAUUCCAGUUUUCACUGAAGACACAUAUUCCGUACUUUUGAAUGAAAAUGCCCCGAUUGGCACAACCGUCGUAAAAGUGAACGCCACUGAUUUAGAUGAGGGCUCCAACGGUGAAAUUAUCUAUACAUUAGGUAAUGUAAAUAGCAGAAUACAUGACUUAUUUAGUGUAAAUCCGCUUACAGGUGUAAUCACCGUGAAAGAUCGGAUUGAUUUUGAAAUAGAAGAGAGCUAUGAGAUUGACAUACAAGCAUCUGAUAAAGGAACUGCACCUUUCAGAACAGAUAAAAGCGUCAUGGUAAAAAUAGUUGAUUUGAAUGACAACACUCCACAGAUAGAGGUGACAUCAUUUUCCAGAGCCAUAGCAGAGGAUGCACGAGUGGGGACCACUGUGGCAUUAAUCAGUGUUCUCGAUAAAGACUCGGGUCUGAAUGGAAAGGUCAUUUGUUCACUCAGUGCGGAUAUUCCCUUCAUGUUGUCACCUUCAACACAGGACAAUAUGUAUGCUGUAGUCACAAAAUCGCUACUGGAUAGAGAAAAGCAAUCCAUGUACGAGGUUACUGUUGUGGCGAGAGAUGCAGGUGUACCACCCCUGUCAUCUGAAAAAAGCAUAACCGUUUUUGUGUCGGAUGUAAAUGACAACAGUCCAGAGUUUUCAUCUCGCCCUUACACCUUUUAUGUAACGGAAAACAAUCCUCCAGGCAAAUCUGUGUUUUCUGUAAAGGCGUUUGACCACGAUGAAGGUGAUAAUGCUCAUAUUCUAUAUACUAUUGUACGAGACGGACGAGAAAAAGAACAUCUCCAUUUACACAGUCUGAAUAUCAAUUCAGACAAUGGAGACAUAUCAGCACUAAAAAGUUUUGACUUUGAGACGCUGAAAAGUUUCCAUUUCCAAGUGGUGGCCACAGACGGUGGAAGUCCUCCACUGAGCAGCAACGUGACAGUGAACGUGUUCAUUCUGGACCAGAACGACAACGCUCCAGUCAUCCUGUAUCCAGUCAGCUCCAACGGUUCUGCUGAAGGUGUGGAGGAGAUUCCCCGCAAUAUGAAAGCAGGAGACUUGGUGACUAAAGUCCGAGCCUAUGAUGCUGAUAUAGGAUAUAACGGCUGGUUACUGUUUUCACUGCAGCAAGUCACUGACCACAGUCUCUUUACUUUGGACCGCUAUACGGGCCAGAUCAGAACACUUCGCUCAUUGACAGAGACGGACGAGGCUGAGCAUGGACUGCUCAUACUGGUCAAAGACAAUGGCAACGUUUCCCUGUCAGCAACAGCUACUGUGACUGUCAAACUUGUGGAGCCCAAAGAGGCUUUUGCAGCUUCUGAUGUCAAACGUGCAGCAGCAAAAGUGGACGAGGAGGACGACAAUGUGACUUUUUAUCUCAUCCUCACUUUGGGCUCGGUCUCGCUGCUUUUUGUCAUCAGCAUCAUCGUGCUGAUCGCCAUGCAGUGCUCCAAAUCCACAGAGUACACUUCCAAAUAUCUCCAAGACGCUAAUUAUGAUGGGACACUGUGUCACAGCAUCCAGUACAGAUCAGGAGACAAACGCUACAUGCUAGUUGGACCCAGAAUGAGUAUAGGUUCUACUAUAGUCCCGGGCAGCCACGCCAACACUCUGGUGCUCCCUGACAGGAGACACACUUCUUCUGGGGAGGUAAGACACACAUUUUGUGUAUUUUGUGUAACGUCAUAAAACAAUUCACCCGUAUCAUAACAUGGCAUAUUUGAUGAACUUGUAUAUCAGCUUGAAUUGUUUGCUUUUGGGA